AUCAUCAGUUACUCAACGAAUCUUCCCAAGCAAACAAGCAGCUCCCGCUCAAAAAACCAAUUAACAAAAUGUUCAAAUUCAUUGCUGUCAUCGCUCUCCUGGUUGCCACCGCCAGCGCUGGACUCAUCGAGACCCACCAUGUGGUGCACGAACCCGUCCUGGCCAAGGUUGGUUCGGUGGUGCACUCUGCUCCCUCCGCUGUUUCCCACCAGAGCAUCACCCAGGUGCACAGCAAGGCGGUGGUGCAGCCCGUGGUUGCCCCCAUUGUGAAGACCACCACCUACACCCAACCCGCCGUGGCUGUCCAUGCUGCCCCACUCGUCCACUCCGUUCCCGUUGUCCACGCCGCUCCAGUGGUUCACUCCGUGCCGGUGGUGCACUCCGCUCCGGUGGUGCACUCCGUGCCCCUGGUCCACUCCGCUCCCCUUGUCAAGUCGGUGGUGCACUCCGCUCCUCUGGCCUACUCCCUGCACCACUAAAGCAAAUGAUUUGUUUGAUUGUUAACCAAUUGUAUGAAAACUAAAUAAAAUUCACAAAAGUAUUAUUGAUCCCUAAAAA